GGGUGAACGCGUGGAGGUGGGGGUGGGGCUCCGGACCGGGCUGGGCUUGAAGUGCGAGGUCCUAGGCUGGGGAGCGGAGCGGGAGGCCCCUCUUCGGCUUGAGUCCCGCUCGGAUAAUCCCAACAAUAGCGAAGACUCCACCUCCUCUUUUUCACCCUCUUCCCCUGCUAGUGGGGGUUCGCCCCGGUACUUGCCGUCUUUCCAUUUCCACCGUCCUCCCCAGUCCGGGAGGCUGGGCCAGAGCUGAGAGAGCAGCGGCAGGAGAGGGGCAGCAGGAUGAAUGUGGGCACGGCACACAGUGAGGUGAACCCCAACACGCGGGUGAUGAACAGCCGCGGCAUCUGGCUGUCCUACGUGCUGGCCAUCGGGCUUCUCCAUGUCGUGCUGCUCAGCAUCCCCUUUGUGAGCGUCCCUGUUGUCUGGACCCUCACCAACCUCAUCCAUAAUAUGGGCAUGUACAUCUUCCUGCACACGGUGAAGGGGACACCCUUCGAGACUCCGGACCAGGGCAAGGCGAGGUUGCUAACCCACUGGGAGCAGAUGGACUAUGGGGUCCAGUUCACAGCGUCUCGGAAAUUCUUAACCAUCACGCCCAUCGUGCUGUACUUCCUCACCAGCUUCUACACCAAGUACGACCAGAUCCAUUUCAUCCUCAACACUGUGUCCUUGAUGAGUGUGCUCAUCCCCAAGCUGCCCCAGCUCCAUGGAGUCCGGAUUUUUGGAAUCAACAAGUACUGAGGGUGCCGCCCCUUCCCCUGCCUGGGAUGGUAGGGGAGGGGUAGAGGCCUGUGCUGUGAAGCUGAAGACAGAAGGAGCCUCUGGAUCCUGUUAGAGAUGGGGGUCGAGCCUCUGGGCCCUAGUUUCCCCUUCCAAUUUCCCUGGUAGCCGACUUGACGUAGCUUGUAGUGGGGUUCAGGUGGGCCCCCCAGGUCUCUGACCCUUUCUGAUUUUUUUUGAUCUUUUCCUUUUGCCUUUUGGAUAGAGACUCCGUGGGGGCAGUCAUGGGACGGGCUGGGCUCCCAACCUGUGAGGCUGGGACAGGAGAAACCCCCUGCUCACUUGCUCAUCCUCAGACUGCUAAAGCACUUUAACCCCUGCAAGAAGAGCAGGGGGGACGGUACAGCUUCUAGAUUGGUUCACUUUAAUUCUUAAGUUUUUAGGAUGACACUCAGUGUGUGCUCGUAUGUGUAAAAGCAAGUGCACGACGAUGCCUCAUCCCUCUGGGUAGAGAACUGCCUGUUGCAAGUCUCAUGCUUUUGGCAGCUCCCCUACAGCCCACCCGGGGCACUGGAUGGGAGCGGGGAGGGUAAGGAGAGGGAUGGUGGGGCUGGGUGUGGAUGGCCUGGUCUCAGAGGCGAGGGGGCCAUGGCCACUCUCAUCUUGGGCCUGGUGGAGGUGGGGAGGAUGGUUUGGGGGGCGGGGAUGGGGACAGUGAAUUGAGACUUGGAGGAAGGGGCCGUGUAGCCACAGAGAUUGGUAUAAGGGAGGAGUGUGGGGACAGAAGCCAGACUCAGCCUCAUCCUUUGGGAAGUGGUCAGGCUCGGAGAGUUAAUUUCCCCAGGCAUGGUGGUGAUAGUCGGAAGGGAGGCUGCGGGGUCGGAGGUGGGGGUUACAGCUCCGGGGUUAGUGUGAGGAGUGGAGAGGGGUGGAAGAGGCCCAUGAGUCAUCGUUAGCACAUGUCCGCUUUGACACUGCCCUGUGCAGGGGUGUGAGGGGUGUGGGGAAACCGGGACAAAUGAUGAAUGGUGGGGCCCUUCUGCAGCCUUCACCUCGUAGCCUCCUCAUGCAGACUGGAGCUGGACGGGGCCUCUUGUGUGUACAUGUGGGGCUAUGGGGCCACCCCCAAGUGGGGUGGGUGGGCCACAGAAUGGUCCCUGCUCGAGCAGGGUAGUAGAAGGAGCCAGGAGUGACCUGCGGGCACUGUCUCCUCAGCCUGAGGGCGGGAGAUGGGCAGGAGCCUGAGUGUGGGCUGGAGAGGAGCCGCCUUUUUCCCCUCCCCAAUCGGACCAGGGUCUGUGUUACUUUUGAAAAGGUGUGGGUGCCCGUGCCCCCUUCCAGGGCCCUGAGGGAGGAGGGGAGGACAUUGGUCCUGUUUCCUGCCUCCUGGCCCCCCUGCCCCCCACCCCAUGUAUCAUAGGGAACUUUCACCUCGAAAUCUUUCUAAGCAACGUGUGAAUAGGAUUUUUACUCCCUUUGUACAGUAUUCUGAGAAACGCAAAUAAAGGACAAUGUGUUCCUGUUUCCCCUGA